CACCCAUAUGUGUGACAUAAAAUUCUAACGGUAUCGUGUAACAUCGUAGUUGUGCAAUAUCUCCAAUUAUAUUUCCUCUAAAAUCAUUGUCCACGCCGGUUGAUCGUUGUUCGUGUGUCGCGUUUGCAGUCAAUUAAACUUUUGUGUGAGUUAAAAAAGCCCUAUCGUCGGGAAUUUGUCCUAUGGUGAGUGUCAACCAUCAACUCAAUGGCUCUGCAAGAGAUUGUCUGUAAAAAGUUAGUAAUGCGAACGGAAAACAAAGUGCUGACUCGGAUCUACCAGGCCGGUGUGAAUUCGCAAGAAUUUUCACGAGCUACACGCAUGGAAGACAUCGAAACGAUUUGCGUUGCAUCAGUGUGUUCUGACGUUAUGCAGUACACAGCAGAACUGACCAAUAGGAAGAAAAAACUACGAUCGAUCGCCUUUUCCGAACUGGGCUACAUUUGGUCGGGAAUACUUUUUGUGUUUAAGCAACAGGUCACCGUUUUGUACGAUGAAACUUUGCGUCAAACACACUUUACAAUGGAAUAUUUUAAGAGAAGUCAAACUGUUAUCACUAUGUGGCAAAAGUCAAAACCAUCGUCACUGGCAAAGAAGAAUCGAUCGCGGAAAAAUAGUGACCCAAUUGAGCAUUUACCAGCGAAGCGCGUAAGAUUCUCUCAUGUCGAAUUUGAUUGGCAAUUUCCAGAUGACAAUGGGGUCGACGACGAAUCUACAAUUAAAAUCUUGCAAAGUUCGAAAGUAAUGACCCGAGAGCAAAUUUCGAUUCGAGAAGUAAUUUCUGAACCAUUGCCGGAUGACCUAACCGAGUGCGAUGGAUUCGAAGCGGCUGAAAGUUGCAGCACGCAAAAUUUUCUGGAAAUUAGAGACUUAGUUGCACAAGGUCGAAGCAUAGUGAACGCCAUCCAGAGUGAACGCGUCUCCAUGAUGGCAGCGGACGGUGAUCCGUACGAAGAAGAUGAUUAUUACGCACCAAUGUCACCCCAACCAUUAAGCCCACUGCCUCAACCUCCACUCUCUGACAUUGAAAGAUGUAAUGAAGAGUUGGACGUAUAUAUCCCAGAUCAGGAUGAAAAUGUCGAAAUGAACAUUCAGAGGGCUGAAAGUGCAUCAAGCGAUGGUAUUCAAUUGGCACCACUUCCCCGCCGACUUCUGUUGGGAAGACGAGCUAACAAGGGAAAAAGUCGUAGACGUUUAUUCGAUGACUUUAUACAGAUUCGGCACGAAUGUGAUAAAGAGACUGGAAGGAAACUCAUGCGGUGCACCGAUUCAAGGUCGGACUCUAUUACGCAGGAAUACAUAAUGCUUCAGUUGAAACUGAUUAACUUUCGUAAGCCGGCCCAUGCAUUUCGAUCGCUGCAGCCUCGAAGCGUAAUGGAUACAGCUGCAAUGAUGGUGGGAAUGAAGCGUGUACAGAAAGCAAAGCGAAGGGAACCGGAUGACUUGAACAUGGUUCAAGAUUUCUUAAACUCAAAUCGUCAGGAAGGUGAACAACUGGAAGAUAUACCGUUGGAACAUUUGCAACGAGAGGAUCAAGCACGGCAAAAUCGAAAGCGUAAGAGCUCCAGUUCUACUUAUGAUAUGAUUGAUGGAGAUCCUCAGGCUUGCGAUGAAAGAUUACCACAAGAUGAAUUUUGCGAUCUGGACUUUGGAUAUCAGGACGAUGAUUCUAUGGACAUUCCGGAUGAGGCCGAGCCUAUCCUAGAGCCAGAUUCCAUCUGUGAUCCUGAGCCAAUCGUUCAGCCGGAGGAAAACUACGAACAUGUUCCUGAACAUGAACCGAAUCUACCGAGUGUUCACCGUUCUCCCAUAGUUGAGCGUCAAUCUCCAGUAAUUGAGUGUCGAUCUCCAGUAAUUGAGCGUCGACCUGCAAUAGUUGAGCGAAAAUCUCCAGCAAUUGAGCAUCGAUCUCCAGUUAGCCAGCGUCAAGCUCCAACAACUGAGCAUCAACAAAUGUCCACCCCGGUUCCAAAUGUGCUAAGGACGCAGAACUUUCGUCUCGAAAGCGAUAUUAUUCCACGCAGAGUGCUACAACUGUUGAAUCAGUUUAUAACUGUUAGCGCCACAAACGAGCUAUGCAGGUCCGGAUCGCAAGUGGCGUUAAUGCUGAACAAUCAGAAGAACAGGGAGAGCUGGGGAUUAAUCGGAGUGCUGCAAAAUCUAUUCCAGCUCUGGUAUAAAAACGUUUAUCCGCUCGGUAUGAUGGACUUACUAUAUCCUGAAAAGAAGAAACUAGCCGCAGCUUUGGCAUUUUAUUCAAUCAUGGAAUUGAAUUCGCCGCGCAUUGGGCUGAUUGUAAUCGAAAAAGUGGAAAAUUCCAAUGCUAUUCACAACAUUGCCAUGUCGGAAAAGUUAAUGGAAUUUUUGCGGAAAGGUAAUCAGACUUAAGUGUCGAGGAUGGCAGAAUUUUGUUUGUAUCUC